AUGGCUGCCCUGCAGGAAACCGACAAUUCCAAGAAGAGCAAAGGCUCCCUUCUGUGGAAUCUCCCGACCGAGAUCGUGAUCAAAAUCAUGAGGAACUCCCAAAAUUUCUCAUGUCUCUGGAGCCUCAUCAACGCCUCGUCACGUUUUGAGUCGAUCUUUAGGGCGGUUGCUUGGGAAACUGUUGAAGAAGUCAUGACAAAGACAACACCUGUCUGCACUCAGGCUCUCAUGAGAAUAGUAGUAAACACACGGACAGCACCCGACUUAUUUACUGGCGUUAGUGAUGUUGUCAGCUACAUGUCUAGGAAAAAGCCCAUUGGGCCGUUGCUCCAGGGACUGUCGCCACAGGUGUUGCAUGAUUUUGUGGAAUUAGCACAUACCAUUCAUGGUGUAGCACAUGUCUGUUUGGAAUUCUACUUGGAGAAAUUGAUGACUAUGAAGCCGCAACGCAUCGAUGACUGUGACCUUGAAGACAAUGACAAAAUCCAGAAUAUGCUGUAUUCAGAGCGUCAGUCACCAGGGCGGCCGUUCCAACCAAAGGAAUCUGGACCUCCCACAUAUUUAGAAGAACAGAUAGUUGUCCGAGUACUGUGGCGACUGCAAACAUUCCUCAACAUAAAAGCUGCGUCCAGGACAGGCAGGCUUGCCCAUUGGUCAGAAAAGGAAUACAAUCAACUAGAGAUGAUCGAUAUUCCUGAAAUGCCACGCCUGUUUCAUGAAUCAACAUGCAGGUGGAAAUGGCAGUGUGAGAUGGAGCAAAUCCUAAGCGUGCUCGACUUCAUAAACGAGGUUGCAGGAGAUCAAUACGGUCAGAUGGAGAAUGUACUGGCACAUUUCUUAAAAUGUCCUCCUGCAGUUGUGUAUGACAGGGGCUUUCGUCUGCCUUCCUUUUCUCAAUCUGAUCCAAUGUUGGAAAAAGUCAAUGGCUUGGAAAAGCUCUCUGAUAUUGACAACCAAAUUGAAAGGAGGCCAAUGGGUUGGAUAUUUUACUACGUGAUGACCACGAACAAAUAUCGUCCAAUCAACCAUGCUUCCUUCAAGCCAUAUCGCAAAUUUGGAUUUGCACUUUGGCAUACUGGGCGAAUGGAGGAAUUAGGUUUUAUAGCGCCUAAAAGCGAGUUGCAUGGGCUGUUGGGCUCCCAUGAACACUGGUUUAUAUGGCGGAGUAUUCUUACACCAGAAGAGGAUGCUGAAAGACGAGGUAUGGCUAUAUACUGGCAUAUGCAAGAACGUAAAGAGAGAACAAUACCAUUCUAG